GCAAACUAGUUCAAACUGUGACACAAUACAAUAACAGCAUAUUUACUUUAAUCAUUAAAAACACUAAACACUAAACACAACAACACAACAACACAACGGCAAUGAUGAAGAAAAAUUAUCUGGUGUUUGUUGGCAUCGGCUGGCUAAUUAGCGUGAUGCUUGCCAUGCCGCCGCCUCAACUGAGUUUUAAGGAUCCAAACAGAGGAUUCCAUAAUAUCAGCCAAAGGGUCGUACUGGAGGCACACCAACGCACCCGCUCGUGGCUUUCCAGCGCCAUCGAACUGGAAACGCGAUCAACAAAGUCCCCGCGCACGGGCAAAGGAACGACAAAAGCUCAGCUUCCAUCUGCGCUCAAUGUCUCUGGACAUGAUGUGCUGCCAAAUAACAGCAGCAGCGAGCCUGACGAUGGGCUUAUUCGUCUGUUUCCCCAAGCCUUGCCAGCAGCCAGCAGCACAAAGUUGCCCGGACGCCUGGCCAUCACAGCACACAGCUUGAGGGCCAGGCCAAAAAAUGAUGGCCUUACGAUACGUUACAGGGCAGCUACAGUCGCCACGCCACCCACCACCGAAGCAGUUCAGAGCCUUAACGGCAAUGGAGAGCAGCAAACAACAGACAGUUGGCCUCUGAAUCCUUGGGGCGGUGUCAACUUCAUGCAACCGCCUGUGAGCCGGAAAAAGGGGAAAAGAUCCAGAACGGAUCCUGGUACGUUCAGGCCCAGUAAAACCAGGUCCUAUUACACGACCAUCUACUGGUGGUAUCCCGUGCUUACCGAUAACCCAAAAUGGAGGUACAUACCAGAUCGUGUCGGCGUCACCAAGGUGUGCCGCGGCAAGUCCACCGUCUACAAUGUGCCCGUCGUAUACAACUGGCUGACGGUACGACUUCGCAACAAAACGAUGUACGCCCGGCCCGUCUUUAUGCCACUCAGAAAGGAGCUCUUUGACUUUGGCCUCUCGGAGAUGUGCCACACGAACGAUACGCGCGAGUGGUCCGACUACAUCAAUUGUGCCAUCAUACGGAACAUGAGGAUGGAGUACAUGAUACCCAAGUAUCCGCUGCAUCAGGUUGCCUACUUUUAUCCCACGUGGCAUGGCAGCACCGCUCAUCCACAGGGACAUUUUUCUACGCACGGACCUGGCUGGGGUGGCGGCAAAUAAAUAAAUAUGCCAAUU